UCUGCGCUCAGAGGAGGUAAAGUCGUCCUUGUUGGCUUGUUGAAGAUCAUUUUGUCUGAGAUGCAUCACAGCCUCAUAUUGACAAAAUGGGGAUGGGCACAGCGGAUACUUUUAUACUUCAUGGUCGCAGAUACUCGCUCUCUGAUCACAGUCCUCCAGCCUCCUGUGCUCACCACAGCUCUGGGUCAUGACGUCAUGAUGCCGUGCCAUCUCAAGCUCUCCCACGAUGAGAGAAUGGUGACCCUGCCGGUUCUGUAUUGGUACUUAACACAGAACAACACUGACAGUCACAGGCUGUUCCCCUCUGAGAAAUAUGAACGGCGUGUUGAACUGCUGGACAAAAGUCGGACCACUUCAAACAAGUCCAUAGUCUUGAAGAAUGUCCAGUGGGCCGACAGCGGGAAGUACCUGUGCAAACUGUCCAUCACCACACAGAGGGGUAAAAGCUUCAGGAGGAAAGGAAGUGAAACUGCACUGAAGGUUUAUGACACCAUGGUCUUUAACCUCACCGCUCACAAUGACUCUCUGCUCUGGUGCCAAGUGAACAUGACCCCGGAUCCCGGAUUUGUUUUGUCCAUUUCUCACAAUGGACGCAAACUCCAACCUGCGGACUCUGCUCCAGGAGAUGCGGGCGCAGCUCUGCCCUACGUCACACUCUCAGAGACCAUCCCUCUGAAGAGUGAAGGAGAAUAUGAGUGUCAGCUGCACCUGAACCGAGAUCUAAUAACGAAAAACAUCUUUUACCAUCUGCGUGAGCCAGGUGUGGAGGUGUUUCCAGAGCCGUGGCUGCUGUAUAUGGCUCUCCUCCUGGUGCCCGUCACCAUCCUGCUGAGCCUUGUAACUGCCCUGCUGGUGUACAGGUGCUGAGUUAGUCAACAUCUGGCUGAAACCGAAAGGCUUAGCAAUGGUGAUCCAGGCUCUCAUGACCAUGGACAAUCAGCUACUGUCCAUUCAAGUUAAAAGGGGAGCGCUUUGAAAUCAAAGCAUUGUGCAUGAUCAAAUUCACAGACUACAAUCACAACUGUCCCUGUCCAAUCAAAUAUUCACAUGGCUCCUUCUUAAUUCAGGGGCAGAACCCGCCGAAGAUCCCAAUGCAUCAUAAUGGUUCAUGGCUGUCCCAUUUAGAACAAACAAGCAGCCCACAGAAUCCCCAAAUCCACGAUGAACAGUCAGCCGCUUCGUGGUGAUUUCUGGCUCAUUGUUAACUCAUAAGUCUCCAAUCGAAGCCGGGACUCAACACCUCCUGUACAUUGACGGCACUCACAGAACAUUCAAACACAAGAUCCAGCUAAAUCAUGGUCAAAAAUCACAAAUGAAUUAAAGUAAAUGAAAGAAGAUUGAAAUACCUUCACAAAUGAAGGUUGACUUUAAAGUGGAGGGUUCCUAAAGCAAACUAUAACACUGUAUGUCUCUGUUUAUGCAUUUAAGGAAGACGUAACAAACUAUGUCUUUAUGGCCUCCUAUAAUUAUUUGUCUAUUUCACAAUGUAAACUGUAUAUGUCAAUAUAGAGAGGUGAUAAAGUACUAAAGCGCAUAUUAAAUGAUAUGUUAUUACUCUUAUUUAUUAAUUCUUACUGAUCUUUAGUUAAAUGUACAGUCUCAUGUUGAUAAUAGUAAUAAUAAUACAAGUUUUUUUGGUUUGCUCUCAAUCAGAAAAUAAACCCCUUCACACAUUCCUCUUUUAUCAGAAAUGUAAAUGUCUGUUUGGCUUUUGUUUGUCGAGUUUGGA